UCCCCAGGUCUCUUGGGCAGUAGGUAGAAGCCCUCAGGGACAGAGGGCAUCCUCAAACCACAUCCAUGGGUGCCCCUACUUGCUGGGCGUGGUAGGAACCCCAGACUCUGAGGACUAGAGCCCUCCCUAUAACUUUUAUCUAGAGCCUCACAUGGGAGCAAGGAACCAGGAAGCUGAGGAGAAAAAGGAGAACUAGGCAAGAGGACAUUCUACUGUGUAGAAGGAGACUGCUCCUUUGUCCCUCUAGGCUCUGGCAUGGGUGCAGGUGACAAAUGAGCUGAAGAAAUGAUCCCCAGAGGAAUAGGAUUGUGGCUGCCUUCAGCUCUGCUCCUCUCUGGAGUCCCAGGUUCAAGCCUUUGGAGCAGUACAACAGUCCCAGAGACCAUCAGAUCCUCACUGGUUCAUACUCAGCCCAGUGUGACCACAGAAGACACAAUUCCUGCUCCUAGCGCACGGCCUCGGUCUCUUCUGGGCAGCCUCUACUUCUGCAUCCUGGUGUUUCUGGAGUUGCCCCUGUUCCUGUGCAUGCUCAGUGCCGUCCUGUGGGUGAACAGGCCUCAGAGGUGCUCUGGGUGACACAGCAUUGGGCCCUGUCAUGAGAACCAGUGAAGUCUGUUGAUAUGGAGGCCCUGUCCCUAGAUGCAUCACUUCUGGUGGCCAAGGACAACCAGUAAACCUGUGUUCUUGAGAAUGCUCUGAGACUUUUAGAAGAUUCUCUGCACGUGUCAAACACAUAAAAGAAUGUGCCCAAUAAAUACCAGCUGGGGAAUUGGCUCAGCAGGUAACAACACUGGCUGCUCUUCCAGAGGUCCUGAGCUCAAUUCCAAUAACUACAUCGGUGGCUCACAACCAUCUCUAAUGAGUUCCGAUGCCCUCUUCUGCUGUGCAGGUGUACUUGCACAUAAAAUAUUCAUACAUUGAAUAAAUUUAUUAAAAUUAAUUACAUAGAAUUA